AAUAGUAAUCGUCCUCGUGGUACACCACGACGGAUUCGAAAAUGGGGUUCUAGACUUCAUGUUCCGAAGCAGCUCUUUCGAUUCCUGAUGUGAAAAGGUUGUUUCGACAAGUCAGAAAACCAAACGAGAAAUAGUGUGCCAAAUGUUUUAGUCCGCCGCAGCGCAGCUUCGUGCGCAGGUGGGAUAUUCCAGAACAAAGUGAUAGUAGAUGACAGAUUGGAAAGAUCAAAAGAGAGAGAGGGAGAGAGAAAAGAAAUUGUGGAAACUGCCGAAUUCGGUACAUGCAGACAGCCUCUAACCGAUGAUAGAAAAGGAGGGAUCAGAGCGUAGUUGGCAGAAAAUCACAACCCCGGCUGUACAACAUCGUCAAGCGUCUGACAUCGCCUCGCGGUCCGUAGUUAAAGAAGACCUCUGCGGUGUUCACGCAGUUGUGGUCGUCUUUGUCCUGUUGUUAUGUUGCAAGCUUGCUUACUCGGACGGGUCACUGCCUGCUGCGCCACUCCACUCCACCAAUCCUCCCGGCAAGGAAUUCUGGAAGCUUGCAAGCUGCCUUAUCACCUGUAAAGGAUCUAAGAAUGGCAGGACUGGAUUUUGUUUACGGCUAUUGGAAUGCUACGUUGUCCUCGAUCCCACAGUAUACGGGUUUGUCAGCUAGCACUUUCUUCACAGUCGUUGCACUGGUGUUUGGCAUAUACUAUCUAAUAUCGGUUCUCUUUGCGCAAGCCCCUGUUGAACACGUUCCAAUGGAGCCACUGCCACCUCCUCAACAGCUCGGGGAGAUUACUGCAGAAGAACUUCGAGCCUACGAUGGCACUGAUCCCAAUAAGCCUUUGUUGAUGGCCAUCAAAGCUCAGAUUUAUGAUGUUUCUCGGUCAAGGGCAUUUUAUGGACCUGGCGGACCAUACGCACUCUUUGCUGGGAAAGACGCCAGCAGGGCUCUGGCCAAAAUGUCUUUUGAGGAGAAGGAUCUGACUGGCGACAUUGAAGGUUUGAGCCCUUAUGAAGCUGAAGCUUUGACCGAUUGGGAGUACAAGUUCAUGAGCAAGUAUCAGAAAGUGGGUACCGUCAAGCAAAUCCCUGUCUCAGACAAGAGUGAGAACGUUCCAACUACACCUACACCCGACGCUGAAUCGGAGACAUCAAAGGUCGAAUGAUGAAUGUAGAAUACUGUUGUUGGAGCCAGUGAAGUCGGAAAUCGCAGUAUGGAAAAUGCUUUUGUGUUUGUACAUGUUGUUGUACAGCGUCAAGAAAAGUUUCUUGUUUUACUGCAGGGUAUACGUGCAUAAUGUUUGUUCCAUCCCGGUAAAAUCAAACUGUCCUCAGGUUGAAGUGGAUGAUACUACUUAAUUCGUGUCCGACUUCCAUUUUCAGUAAGUUAUAGUGAUGCCUACGUGAGACACUCAAAUACCUAGCUGCUAGGAAUCCCCCAGUGUUCAUUUCAUUUUAUUUUUCAAAAAUAACUCAUAGGGCCGCUAAAUUCAAAAUAUGGGCUUCUCUGGAUUUUGUAUCA